GAGAGAGAAUCAGAGGAUAAAAUAUCAGCAGUUACUUUUAUACUGCCCUCACUUUUCUUUUUCAAGCCACGCUUUCGUAAAGUACGAUAUAGGAGUGUGGAUUGGACGAGAGUGGGACUGUUUUGUUUCCCUUUAUUAAAAAAUGUUUCUUGUUCUCUGCUUCAAACAGUGAAGCCCUUCAAGAAAAAUUGGGUUGGAUAACUUGGUUUUGGAGGCUCCUCGGGCUUGAAUCCUGUGAAUACUAAUGGAGGAGCCAUUAGUUCGAUCUACUGAUGAUUCAGUGGAGAAGUCGCUAAAUUCUGAGAUAGAGAAGCCAUUGUCGGUGGAUAAUUUUGAGGAAAUGUCUCAAGAAUCAGAGUCUAUGAAUCCAUCAUCUGCUGAGAGUGUUAAAAGAGCGUCAAAAUGUGCCAAACCAAAUGCUUCGACACUGCCAAAGGGCACUGCUCGUAUUGGGAUAGCGAAAAGGAGGACUGAAGUCAAGAAUGGUUCAGUUGCUAAUUCAACAACUGCAAUAAGAUCAACUUUGACUAGGCCAACUAUAAGUAGUGUGACACGGAGCUUGGGUUCUGUGCCAGUUGUUAGGAGGAAUAGCACUGGUGGUUUAGCUGAAAAACAACCAAUAUCAUUGCUGACAAAACGGCAGGAUGGUGGUGUUUCUUCAGUGGCUGGUAGGAAGACUAGUUCUUCGGUCUCAGAAACAGUAAGGCGGUCCCUUCCAGAGAUUCGGAGGAGCUCAUUGCCUUCUGUUGGUACUGGAGCUACCAAUAGGACCAGCAUUUCAGAUAUUAGAAAGUCAGUUCCUGUAUCCACUGUUACUAGAAGUCCAAGAAGCUCAUCAACUUCUGAUGCAAGCAAGCAUGAAUAUCUAAAAAAAACUCCUGUCAGGCCAUCUCCGCCUUCAGUUUCAUCCACUAAGAAGGUUGCUUCUACAUCACUUGAUAGUACUGGCAGCAGCUCUGUGGUUAGAAAAGCGGUUGGAAAAAUCUCUUCUCCAACUGUUCGGACGCCAACAACUGGAUCUAAAGGUGGGUCAUUUUCAACAUCAUUUGAUAAGAGUUCGAAUUUGUCUAGUCGCAAGAAGGCCGGGACUCCUGAAAGUCGAGAUUCACGGCUUAUUAUGCUUCCUCAAGUGGAGAACAAAGCUGGUGAUGAUGUGAGAUUGGAUCUUAGAGGCCACAAAAUACGUAGUCUGAACAGCAGUGGGCUGAACUUGUCCUCAAGUUUGGAGUUUGUUUAUCUCCGGGACAAUCUCUUGUCUACGUUGGAUGGCAUCAAAAUACUGAAGCGAGUAAAGGUUCUUGAUUUGAGCUUCAAUGAUUUCAAAGGGCCUGGUUUUGAACCACUUGAGAAUUGCAAAGUGCUUCAGCAACUGUAUCUUGCUGGGAACCAGAUUACAUCAUUAGUUAGUCUCCCUGAGCUUCCUAAUUUGGAGUUUCUUUCUAUUGCUCAAAACAAAUUAAAGUCUCUGGCUAUGGCAAGCCAACCUCGGCUACAGGUAUUAGCUGCCAGUAAAAACAAAAUAUCAACGUUGAAGGGCUUCCCACAUUUACCAGUCCUUGAGCAUUUGCGAGUGGAGGAGAAUCCUAUUCUUAAGAUGCCUCAUCUAGAAGCAGCUUCUGUUUUGCUUGUUGGUCCAACAUUGAAAAAGUUCAAUGACAGAGAUCUUUCACGUGAGGAAGUUGUGCUUGCAAAACGCUAUCCUGCUCAUACAGCUGUGUGCAUUAGAGGUGGUUGGGAGUUUUGCCGUCCAGACCAAGCUGUUGAUUCAGCAUUUCGAUUUUUGCUUGAACAAUGGAAAGAACAACUUCCACCAGGAUUCCUGUUAAGAGGAGCCUCAGUUGAGCAACCAUUUGAAGAAGAUCCCUGCUGCUGUAACUUUGAUUUUGUCAAAGAUGAAUGUGCAAGUACUGAUGCAGAAUUAUUCUUAAAAUACCAGUGGUUUAUAGGAGACAAGACUCCAUCAAACUUCAGAGCAAUUCCUGGUGCAACUGAAAAGGUAUAUUGGCCAAAACGUGAGGAGGUCAAUAGAAUUCUGAAAGUGGAGUGUACACCUAUCUUGGCAGACACUGAAUACCCCUCAAUUUUUGCAAUAUCUUUCCCAGUUUCUCCUGGAACUAGGCAUCCAAAGGUUUUAAAGACUGACAUCCAGGGAGAUCUUGUUGAAGGAAACACUAUUAGGGGAUAUGCUGAAGUUGCCUGGUGUGGUGGGACUCCAGGAAAGGGAGUUUCUAGUUGGUUGAGAAGAAGAUGGAAUAGCAGUCCUGUGGUAAUUGUUGGUGCAGAAGGCGAGGAAUAUUGUUUGACUCUUGAUGAUGUUGAUUCUUGUUUGGUUUAUAUGUAUACUCCUGUUACUGAAGAAGGUGCUAAAGGGGAACCUCAGUAUGCAAUAACGGAUCAUGUAAAAGCAGCUCCUCCAUCAGUGAGCAAUGUGCAAAUAAUUGGAGAUGUGGUGGAGGGAAAUAUGAUCAAAGGAAUUGGACAGUACUUUGGAGGAAGAGAAGGUCCCAGCAAGUAUGAGUGGUUACGAGAGGAUAAGGAUAUUGGAGUACCUGUAUUGGUAUCAACUGGUACAAAUGAGUAUACACUAAUGAAAGAAGAUAUUGGCCGGCAUUUGACAUUUGUAUACCUACCCGUGAAUUUUGAAGGGCAGGAAGGAAAGCCAGUGUCAACAAUCUCCCAAAUGGUUAAGCGGGCUCCCCCAAAAGUAACCAAUGUGAAAAUAAUUGGCGAACUAAAGGAAGGAAGUAAGGUUACUGUUACUGGAAUUGUCACUGGAGGAACUGAAGGGUCUAGCAGGGUUCAGUGGUUUAAAACCUCCUCCCUGACUUUUCAGGGAGAAAAUGGUCUUGAAGCAUUAAGCACCUCUAAAAUUGCAAAGGCAUUUAGAAUUCCUUUGGGAGCUGUGGGCCACUAUAUUGUUGCAAAAUUUACUCCAAUGACACCUGAUGGUGAAGCAGGUGAACCAGCAUAUGUUCUGGCUGAAAGAGCUGUGGAAACUCUUCCACCUAGCCUAAAUUUCUUGUCCAUAACGGGUGAUUACUCCGAAGAUGGCAUAUUGACAGCGUCAUAUGGAUAUAUUGGUGGUCAUGAGGGAAAAAGUAUCUAUAAUUGGUAUCUUCAUGAGGCUGAAAAUGAAUUGGGUUCUUUGAUAGCUGAGCUCUCUGGUCAUUUACAGUAUCGUAUCACUAAAGAUGCUAUUGGUAAAUUCAUAUCCUUUACAUGUACACCUGUUCGUGAUGACGGAACUGUGGGCGAGUCAAGAACUUGCUUUGGGCAGGAACGUGUUCGUCCUGGUAAGCACAAUUAUUUUUAGGCAUUGAGUUUAUACCCUCUGAACAAAGAGAAAUCUUGUGAUUCCAACUUUUCCACUUGCCCUUAUUAUUAAACACACAUUUAUAUCUCA